CUCAGGGCGGGCGCAAAGCGGGGCAGGAAAAAGAGGGGAAUGAGAGAGGAGAGAGAGGAGGGUUUCUGCAUCGUUCAUGGCAGUUAGGGUUUUUCAUAUUUAGUCUCUUUCUCUCUCCUGAUCCCUACUGGUUUUACAGCACCCUGUUCUUAUCUGUCCCAAUUUAGGGUAUUUUUCUUCCUCUCUAAUUCACUUGUAUGGUGGGCAUUUGUCCCUGAUUAUUGAAUACAGUGGCUCCGAGAAUGGGGCCUCAGGGGAAGAGCGUUGCUUCUGGUAAUUCUAUGCAGCGUGUCAAAGUGUAUCGAUUGAACAACGAAGGGAAAUGGGAUGAUCAGGGAACUGGACAUGUUACUGUUGAUUAUUUGGAGGGUUCGGAAGAUCUUGCUUUGUUUGUCAUUGAUGAAGAAGAUGAUGGAAAUAUCCUUGUGCACCGUAUUUCUUCAGAGGAGAUCUAUCGCAGGCAGGAAGACACAAUCAUUUCAUGGCGAGAACUUUCCACAGAGUUAGCUUUGAGUUUUCAAGAGAGUAUGGGAUGCUCAUAUAUAUGGGACCACAUCUGUAGUGUGCAGAGGAAUAUGCAUUUUAAUUCUAUCAGCAGUCUGGAGAUGCCUCUGCGUCCGGCAAAUGAUAAUUUGGAGAGUGCUGGGGCAUCACAUGCUAAUGAUGAGCCUUUUCCUGGAGUUAGUGGUGAGUUGCAGGAGCUUCCUCCUGUUGAGCUAUCUACCCUUCCUUUGCUUGUAAAGUCAGUAGCUGAGGGUUGCAUCACCGAUCAAAUACGUGUUGCGGAGCUUAUUGCACAAGAUCGAACCUUCGUUCCUAAGCUGACGGACCUGUUUAGGGUAUGUGAAGAUCUGGAAAAUGUUGAUGGCCUUCGUUUGAUGUAUAAAGUGGUCAAAGGAAUCAUUUCACUCAACAGCCCUCCAAUCUUUGAGAGAAUAUUUGGUGAUGAUUACAUUAUGGAUAUAAUUGGCGCCCUUGAGUACGACCCAGAGGUUCCUCAGGUCCAACACCACCGUGCUUUCCUUAAGGAACAUGUAGUUUUCAAGGAGGCUAUUCCUAUAAAGGACCCAUCUGUCUUGUCUAAGAUUCAUCAAACAUAUAGAGUUGGGUACAUAAAGGAUGUCAUUUUACCUAGAGCAUUAGAUGAGGCCACGAUUGCAAAUCUCAACUCCAUUGUUCAUUCAAAUAAUGCUUAUGUUGUCUCUCUAUUAAAGGACGAUAAUGCUUUUAUCCAAGAACUUUUUGCAAGGCUGAGAUCCCCAGCAACUUCUGUGGAAUCAAAGAAGAACUUGGUAUUGUUUUUGCAAGAGUUUUGUAGUUUAAGUAAGAGUUUGCAACUGGUACAUCAAAUGCGGCUUUUCAGGGAUCUGGUGACUGAAGGUCUUUUUGAUAUCAUCACAGACAUUCUUCAGAGCGAAGAUAAGGCACUAGUGUUGACUGGGACGGAUAUUCUAAUCAUCGUUCUAAACCAAGAUCCAAAUCUUCUCCGGGCAUAUAUCAUUCAGCAGGAAGGCCACACCCUUCUUGGACUCCUGGUUAAAGGUAUGAUAACAGACUUCGGCGAGGACAUGCAUUGCCAGUUUCUUGAAAUUAUUCGCAUUUUGUUGGACUCGUACACAAUGUCGGGAUCUCAGAGGGACACAAUUGUGGAAAUUUUUUACGACAAGUACAUGGAUCAGUUAAUUGAUGUUGUUGCAUCAUCCUGCUGCUGUAAGGGGAGUGUUCGAACUAAUGUUAAAUCAACUGGUCUUGUUGGAAGAGUUGGACCUCAGUCUGUGACUAAGCCUGAUAUCUUGUCAAACAUCUGUGAACUGCUCUGUUUUUGUGUCCUCCACCAUCCCUACAGGAUAAAGUGCAACUUUCUUCACAAUAAUGUAAUAGAAAAGGUCCUGUACCUUACUCGCAGGAAGGAAAAGUAUCUUGUGGUUGCUGCCGUUCGCUUUCUUCGUACAAUUAUUUCUCGCAAUAAUUUGCAGGAUGAGUUUCUCCUCCGCCAUAUUGUGAAGCACAACCUCCUGAAACCAGUUGUAGAGGUUUUUGUUGCAAAUGGAAAUCGCUAUAAUCUGCUGCACUCUGCAGUUCUCGAACUUUUUGAAUAUAUUCGCAAGGAAAAUCUUAAAUCUUUGAUUUUAUACUCAGUUGAAUGCUUCUGGGACCAGUUGGAGAAGUUCGAACAUUUAGAUACAUUUCGUGCUCUGAAACUUAAGUACGAACAGUCUAUGGAGAGCUGUCAACCAAAGAACCCUAGAAGUAGCAUUGGUGACCCUAGGAAACGGAUUGAUGAGCGUGCCCUUGAAAAGGAAGAGGAGGAUUACUUCAAUGAGGAUAGCGAUGAAGAAGAUUCCACAUCAGCUCGCAUCUCAAAUUCAUGUAACCAGCCGGCAGCAUCAGUUUUGAUCAAUGGAGAUAGUACUAACUACUCAUCUUUCAGGGAGGGAUCUGUUGGUCUAGUAGACUAUGAAGAUGACGAAGAAGAAGAUGAAGAUGGCCAAAAAGAAGUUUCCACUCCCCAUGACAUGCCACCAGACUCGCCUACGUCCAAACGUAAAAUGGAGGUUAUAGACCACAUUGAUCAAGAGCUACCUACCAAGAAACACCGAACCAAGAAAACUCAAAAUGAGAUAAUCCCAUCUCGAGAUGAUAAAACCCUGAAUGACACUAUCCCUUCUCGAGGUGGAGAUGCUGCAUGUUCAAAUUGCGGUCCUGAUCAGCUACUCAGAAAGAAGGCUUAUCAUCAAAACUUGAAUGGAAGUCAUGAUGUGGCUGAGGGACAGAAGGAACCAGUGGCCCCAAGUCGAUGUUCUAACUGCUCUGCCAAUAACAGUUUUAAUCUUAGAGAAGCAAGUGAAGAGGAGCCCUCACCCUUAACAAACCAAGUGAAUUCCUCCUCUCUAACUGAUGGUUUUGUGAAUGUGUCAAAGAUAACGGGUUCGGGCAUGCCCAAAUUCAGUGAUGGGAAGCCUGAGGCCCUCUCCUCAGAGCCACCUUCUGGAACACAAGCUUCGGAACCUUAUUCAGUCCGAUAAUGGGCCAUAAUUAUUUCCCUCUUGUUUUUGAAUCUUGGUUUGUACAUUACAAGCAGAUAUUUGAAGGAAAAGAGGUUAUGAAGGGGAGCUGCUGUUCCUUCGGUUUGAGAGAGAGAGGGGGAGAGUGAGUCCCCUGCAGGCCAAUGAAGGGUUUGAUCCUCUUUCUGGCCACCAUUUUCCUCAGAUUCGAGCAGGCCAUGUCCGAAAUCCGCAUAGAGCCUGCAAUUAGCCUUUGAGCUUGUUCCAGAAAUGCGUUUAAGUUUUAAUCUCAAUCUAGAGUAUUUGGUUCUGCUCAAACAUGCUUCUGCCUCUGUAAAAACAUUCAUUUUGGUCUUUCAGGUCCUCAUACUUUUGUUUCCUUUUGCUUUUCUAUAUAUAUCUCUAUUCUGGUGCCUCUUGAGCUCUCAUUUCUUUAAGAGCCCCAUAUGUGUGAUUAACAGGGACUAUGGGGUGCCAUGGCAUAAUGCAUGGGAGUGGAAAUAACAAAUGUGGGCCCCUUUGAAUGGCCAUGUAAUUCAUAUGUAGACUGUACAAUAUCAUGCUGAGCUUGUCUUUAGGAGUUUUGACAGUGGCUUUUCAGGUCAUGAAUUAGUCAGGCUGGUCCUCGUUGCCCUCAAGGGCACCAUCUGAUGCAAAGCCAACAAUUCUUGACUAUUUAUUUUUUUCAUGAUUUGUUUCCUUCUAGUAUAAAAUGAGAAACCUUCAGUAUCA